GUGCUCAGGGGAGGUCAGCCACAGUCAGGGACAGUCAGCGAUCCAGAAGCCACUGCACCAUGAGUGUCUCUGCACUGAGCCCCUCCAGAGCCCUGGGCGGGGUCUCUGGGCUCCUGCAGGUGGUCUCCCUGCUCGGCCUGGUUCUGCUUUUGCUCAAGGCGGCACAGCUCUACCUGCACAGACAGUGGCUGCUCAAAGCCCUUCAUCACUUCCCAUCUCCUCCUUCCCACUGGUUCUACGGACACAAGCGGGAGUUCCAAGAGGAGGGCGAGCUGCCACACCUACUGAAAAGGGUAGAGAAAUACCCAAGGGCCUGUGUUCGCUGGAUGUGGGGCACAAAGGCCUUCAUAUUGGUCUACGACCCUGACUACAUGAAGAUGGUCCUGGGGAGAUCAGACCCAAAGAUUCACAUUACCUUCAGACACCUGAAGCCCUGGAUUGGGACAGGUCUGCUGCUGUUGGAGGGGCAGACGUGGUACCAGCACCGGCGGAUGCUGACCCCAGCCUUCCACUAUGACAUCCUGAAGCCCUACGUGGGAAUCAUGGCCGACUCUGUCCGAGUGAUGCUCGACAAGUGGGAGGAGCUCGUCAGCCAGGACUCACAUCUGGAGAUCUUUGGAGAUGUCUCCUUGAUGACCCUGGACACCAUCAUGAAGUGCGCCUUCAGCCAACAGGGCAGCGUCCAGACGGACAGGAACUCCCAGUCCUACAUCCAGGCCAUCAAGGACCUCAGUCAUCUGAUUAUUUCCCGACUGCGGAAUGCGUUCCACCAGAACGACCUCAUCUACAGGCUGACCCCUGAAGGCCGCUGGAACCACCGGGCCUGCCAGCUCGCCCAUCAACACACAGAUGCAGUGAUCAAGGAGAGGAAGGCUCACCUGCAGAAGGAGGGAGAGCUGGAGAAGGUGAGGAGCAGGAGGCACUUGGACUUCCUGGACAUCCUCCUCUUUGCCAGAAUGGAGAAUGGGAGCAGCUUGUCUGACGAGGACCUCCGUGCUGAGGUGGACACGUUCAUGUUUGAGGGUCACGACACCACAGCCAGUGGCAUCUCCUGGAUCCUCUAUGCUCUAGCCUCCCACCCAGAACAUCAGCAGAGGUGUCGGGAAGAGAUCCAGAGUCUCCUGGGGGAUGGCGCCUCCAUCACCUGGGAUCACCUGGACCAGAUGCCCUACACGACCAUGUGCAUCAAGGAGGCCAUGAGACUUUAUCCACCAGUACCAGUCAUUGGCAGAGAGCUGAGCAAGCCCAUCACCUUCCCUGAUGGACGCUCCUUACCUGCAGGAAUCUUAGUCUCCCUCUCCAUUUACGGGCUUCAUCACAACCCGAAGGUGUGGCCGAACCCAGAGGUGUUUGAGCCAACUCGGUUUGCGCCAGGUUCUACUCGACACAGCCAUGCCUUCCUGCCCUUCUCAGGAGGAUCCAGGAACUGCAUCGGGAAGCAGUUUGCCAUGAAUGAGUUGAAGGUGGCCGUGGCCCUGACCUUGCUUCGCUUUGAGCUGUCACCGGAUCCCUCCAGGGUCCCUGUGCCCAUGCCAGUCAUGGUGCUGAGAUCCAAAAAUGGGAUCCACUUGCAGCUCAGGAAGCUCUCUGAUCCAGACUUAGAACAACACAAAGUUAUCCUCUGAUGGCUCUGGAGUGAGAAGUCUGAAAAGGGUUUCCCUGGACACAACCAAGAUGUUGACUCGCCCCUCAUCCAGGGACCUGGGACAGGAUCCUGCUUUUUUGCCAUUUUUGCAUCUAGAGCUGCAAUCCUUGCAUUCCUUGGCUCCUGGGCCCUCCUCUACAUUCAAAUCCAGCAGCAUCUUCAAAUGUCCCUCUGCUUCUGUCUUCAUAUAACCUUCUCUUUCAUCAAGACUUUGUGCUUACCUGGGCAACUCAGAUCAAACAGGCUUAUUCUGGGGUUCUGGGAACUAGGACAAGAACACCUGGGGAGCCAUCACUGGACCUGUUAAAUCCUGUGUGACUCCUUCGCCCUGGGCCACCGCUCUCUCCUGUGUGAGAUGGGUCUACCCCCGUUUCACUCACAUGGUUUCCUCUGUCCCCAUCCCUGGAUAAAGUGUGCAAUAU